AGAAAAGUGAAAAAACGUGAAUUUUUAAAGAUCUCUUUAGUUCUUUUAGUAGCUUUUAUUAAACAGACAGACCCUUUCAAGUUGUUCACUUGGAAUGUGUGAAAGGAACACUGUUUAUCUUUUUGGUUGCUGAGAAAAAGCAUAAAGUUUAUAUCUUUUAUGAUAAAGGGAAAAAAUUUGCAAUCUGGGUUCAUUCUUUUUUCUUAAAGAAAACUAGAUUACUUAGCAAACAAAAGGGUCUCGAAUCUUUGAAUUUCUCCUUCUUUUAACGGGUUUGAUUUUCUAAAGGUCAACCUUUUUUGUCCCUUUUGAUUUAUGAUCUUAACAUAGCUAGGUUGUUGCUGAAUGUAGUUUCUUGAUGUCAAUUAGUGGAGGUCUAGUGGCAUAUGCUGAUUCGCAAUCAGAAACGGCUGCGCCUGCUGCUGAGCUUAAUCAGAAUGAGUGGAAGAAGAAGAGAGUGGUGGUUCUGGGAACAGGGUGGGCGGGUACUAGUUUCCUUAAAGAUCUGGAUGUUUCUUCAUAUGACGUUCAGGUUGUUUCACCCCGCAAUUAUUUUGCAUUCACCCCUCUGUUGCCUAGUGUGACCUGUGGUACAGUUGAAGCUCGGAGCAUUGUAGAGCCAGUGAGGAAUAUUAUAAAGAAGAGAAAUGGGGAAAUUCAAUUUUUCGAGGCAGAAUGUGUCAAGAUUGAUGCUGCAAAAAACAAGGUUUUCUGUAAGUCUCACUUUGAGAACAACGUGAUUGGUGCUGAAGAUUUUUCCCUGGAAUAUGACUACUUGGUGGUAGCGAUAGGAGCCCAAGUAAACACUUUUAACACCCCUGGUGUCACGGAGAACUGCCAUUUUCUGAAGGAAUUGGAGGAUGCACAGAAGCUCCGCAGAAGUGUGAUUGAUUGUUUUGAAAAGGCUUCCAUCCCUGGCCUGACUGAAGAAGAGCGAAGAACUAACCUUCAUUUUGUAGUUGUUGGAGGAGGUCCCACUGGAGUGGAGUUUGCUGCCGAGCUGCAUGACUUUAUCCAGGAAGAUUUAGUCAAUGUCUAUCCUAUGGUUAAAGAUCUAGUGAAAAUAACCUUGAUCCAGUCUGGAGAUCAUAUUUUAAACAUGUUUGAUGAGAGAAUUAGUACAUUUGCUGAGAAGAAGUUUCAAAGAGAUUGUAUUGAAGUUCAGACAGGAUGUAGAGUUCUCAGUGUUUCUGAUAAAGAAAUUACCAUGAAGGUCAAAUCCAAGGGUGAGAUUACAUCUAUACCACAUGGACUGGUAGUAUGGUCUACUGGUAUCAGCACUCGCCCAGUUGUGAAGGACUUCAUGGAGCAAAUUGGGCAGGCUAACAGACGUGUUCUUGCAACUAAUGAAUGGCUGCGAGUAAAGGAAUGUGAAAAUGUAUAUGCACUUGGUGAUUGUGCCACAAUAGAUCAGCGUAAGAUCAUGGAGGAUAUUGCAUCCAUAUUUAAAGCUGCAGACAAAGACAAUUCUGGUACCUUGACUGUUCAAGAAUUCCAAGAUGUGGUAGAUGAUAUCCUUGUAAGGUAUCCCCAACUGGAACUCUAUUUGAAGAACAAGCAUCUGAGAGAUGUGAAAGAUUUGAUGAAAGAUCCCGAGGGAAAAGACAUAAAAGAAGUUGAUAUUGAAGGUUUUAAACUAGCCCUUGCUCAAGUGGAUUCACAGGCCAAAAGUCUGCCUGCAACUGCACAGGUUGCUGCUCAACAAGGUGCUUAUCUUUCUAGGUGUUUCAAUCGUAGAGAACACUGCAAAGAUAAUCCUGAAGGUCCUCGGCGUUUUGUAGGUUCUGGGCGUCAUGCAUUCGUUCCAUUUCGGUACAAGCAUCUUGGGCAGUUUGCUCCUUUGGGAGGAGAGCAGGCUGCCGCUGAACUGCCCGGAGACUGGGUUUCCAUUGGUCGCAGCACACAGUGGCUCUGGUAUUCUGUAUAUGCAAGCAAACAAGUGAGCUGGCGAACAAGAGUGCUGUUGGUAUCUGAUUGGACUCGGAGAUUCAUUUUUGGAAGAGAUUCAAGCCGUAUUUGAGACAACAAAUGGCGUCUUCUAUAAACUAUCCCAAAGUCACUGGUUUUCCCACAACUCAAUCGCAGCAUUUCCACCUACCUUGCAUAAAUAUAUAUGAUUUCCUUUUUUCCCUUUCAAAUUUGUGUCUAUGUACUCUCCUUUGGUAUUUAAAAUUGAGACACUGUUACCAUUUACUAGUAUACCAGGUGUGAAAUAGCAUGGAGAGCAACAGAUUUCUUGGUGACCUGAUGCUGUAUAUGGCUGACAAGUAUUCUUUCUUGUAUGGAAGUCUUACGUUGAUUUA